GAUAACAUUUGUAUUAUGUUGCUUGCGCGUUUUUGUCAGUUUUCUGCAAUUUAUUAACUUAUAAGUAAAAUUAAUAAAACAAUUAUUUAAAAAAUGUUUUAUCACAUUUCGCUUGAACACGAAAUUCUGCUACAUCCGCGCUACUUUGGGCCACAAUUGUUGGAGACGGUGAAACAGAAGCUCUACUCGGAGGUGGAGGGCACAUGUACAGGCAAAUAUGGUUUCGUUAUAGCUGUCACAACAAUAGACCUGAUCGGCUCUGGUGUUAUACAGCCAGGUCAGGGCUUUGUUGUAUACCCAGUGAAAUACAAGGCUAUUGUGUUCCGGCCAUUCAAGGGUGAAGUCCUCGACGCUGUCGUCAAACAGAUAAAUAAAGUGGGCAUGUUUGCAGAAAUCGGACCUUUAUCGUGUUUUAUAUCUCAUCAUUCUAUUCCCGCUGACAUGCAAUUCUGCCCAAAUGGCAAUCCACCAUGCUACAAGUCCAAAGAUGAAGAUGUAGUCAUAUCAGGCGAGGAUAAAAUACGCCUGAAGAUUGUCGGCACUCGUGUGGAUGCCACCGGCAUUUUUGCUAUAGGAACUCUGAUGGAUGAUUACUUGGGGCUGGUCUGCAAUUAAUAUAAACCAACUCAGCGUAAAAUACAAUUGCUAUAUAUAUA